UUCUUCCGAAAUCCGAAGCGAUAAACAUUAGAAAACACCCAUGGAUAUGCUGACGUCUAAAGAAUAUUUUGAACCCUGUUGCGAGUGGAGGAGUGGAAAAGAGUCGGAUGCAAUUGAUAUUGAGCUUUAUGGUUUCGAUAUGCAAGACGUGAAAGUCACACUUAAGAAAGUUGAUGAUGAGGGAAAUUCUACAAUAUCAAUCAUCGCAGAAUCUCCCAGACGCAUUCAGAAGAAAAUUGAUAUUCCAAAAGAUUAUGAUGUAGAUAAAAUACGUGCAGUAUUUUGUAGUGGUAAUCUCAGUCUAGAGCUACCUAAGAAAGCUGCUCCAAAUAAGCUCGAAAUUUCAAAGCAAAAAUUUGAAAUAAUAAAAAUUUUACAAGAAUCAGCUGAAGACAUGCAAAAGAAAAUUUUUUCUGCCGCAAAAAAUUCCUAUCCAAAGCUAAAAGUUGCAGCAGUUGGUUCAUUGUUUCUGGCUAGUAUGUUAUUUGCAUACAAAUGUUAUACCGAAUGUUACGGUGUUGAAUCUAUAGCUUAA